AUGUGUUGCAACUACUAUGGAAACUCUUGUGGAGGCUGUGGCUACGGCUAUGGCUGUGGAUAUGGCUCUGGCUAUGGUUAUGGCUGUGGAUACGGCUCUGGUUGUGGCUCUAAGUAUGGUUCUGGAUCUGGCUGCAGAUACGGCUCUGGCUGUGGCUAUGGAUGUGGAUAUGGCUCUGGCUAUGGGUAUGGCUGUGGAUACGGCUCUGGUUGUGGCUCUAAGUAUGGUUCUGGCUCUGGCUGCAGAUACGGCUCUGGCUGUGGCUAUGGAUGUGGAUAUGGCUCUGGAUAUGGGUAUGGCUGUGGAUAUGGCUCCCACUAUGGCAGUGGAUAUGGCUAUGGCUGCUACGGAUACAGACCAAUUUGCUACAGAAGAUGUUACUCCUCUUGCUGCUAA